UACCGCACUCGCCUGUUGUCUGCUCAACUGCGGCCACGCGUUGCUCGCAGCAACAACAACAGCAACAACAACAGCAGCAACGAAAGCAACAAGAACCCCCAAUAAGAAUAGCAAAAACAACAAAAAACCGAACCCCCAACUCACAAGAACCCGAAAAGUGAAACAAUAAUAAAACAUAGCAUACCAAAAAAAAAGAAAGAAAAAAAGUAAACACGCGUCUCGUGAUAUUUUUUUUGUAGUUGUUGUUGUUGUUAAAUAUUUGAUAUUGUCUAACGGCAAACGUAUAUAUAAUUUUAAUUAAACCAAGUUUAAAGUAAGAGCAUGUGAUGGCCGCACAACAACAACAACGCGAACAACGCCAAACGAUUAAGCAAAGAGCUCUGAACAUUUGUUUGUUGUAAAACUGUAACGAAGAGCAAAGCAAAUAAAGGGAAAGAAAAAGAGAGAUACAGAGACAGAGACAGAAGAGAGAUGUGCCCAAAGACAUCGAAGACAACGCCAGUGCUGCUGAUCGGCGGCAUUGUGUUCGUCAUCGUUCUGGUGGCGAUCACUGGCAUCACUCUGAUCAAUAACAUCAAUUUGUCGAACAUCAUACGACUGAACGAGAAGGUGGCCAGCGAUAGCGUCAGCGCCAAUGAUAAUCAGAUCAAGGAGCUCAACUAUGUCAACAAUCAUCCAAAGAACUUGCACAUCAACAUCAAACAACAACAACAGCAACAUCAACAUCAACAUCAGCAAUCACAGUUAAAUGAAACGCAUGACGAUGAUUCAGCUGGCGAUGCUCGAAGUAUGGAACAAAUACGCAAGGAGAUGUCCUCGCUCCGGCUGCAGCUGGAGCCCAAAGUGUUGGCCGUGAUUGGGCCAAACGAUGCAAGUGAAAAGGCGCAGCCAACACGUCGUAUACUCAACAAUACGCUGAGCACGCAGUUGCCGCUGGACGUGUCCAACGACGGCGACGGCAAAAAUGACUUGAUUGAUUACGAGAAGCGCGCCCAAAUCGUCAAGAUGAUGGAGCACGCCUGGCACAAUUACAAACUGUAUGCGUGGGGCAAAAACGAACUGCGUCCUCUGUCACAGCGUCCGCACUCGGGCAGCAUCUUUGGAUCGUACGAUCUGGGCGCCACGAUUGUGGAUGGCCUCGAUACGCUGUAUAUAAUGGGCCUGGAGAAGGAGUACAAGGAGGGACGCGAUUGGAUCGAGCGGAAGUUCUCGCUGGACAACAUCAGCGCCGAGUUGUCCGUGUUCGAGACAAACAUUCGCUUUGUGGGCGGCAUGCUAACGCUCUACGCCUUCACCGGUGAUCCGCUCUACAAGGAGAAGGCUCAGCAUAUUGCGGACAAAUUGUUGCCCGCCUUCCAGACGCCCACUGGCAUUCCAUAUGCGUUGGUCAACACCAAGACGGGCAUGGCCAAAAACUAUGGCUGGGCCUCUGGCGGCAGUUCGAUUCUCUCCGAGUUUGGCACACUCCAUCUGGAAUUUGCCUACUUGAGCGACAUCACCGGCAAUCCAUUGUAUCGCGAGCGUGUCCAGACCAUACGUCAGGUGCUCAAAGAGAUUGAGAAGCCCAAGGGACUCUAUCCCAAUUUCCUCAAUCCCAAGACGGGCAAAUGGGGUCAACUGCACAUGUCGCUGGGCGCUUUAGGCGACAGCUACUACGAGUAUCUGCUGAAGGCGUGGCUGCAAUCUGGGCAGACGGACGAGGAGGCACGCGACAUGUACGACGAGGCAAUGCUGGCCAUCAUGGACAACAUGGUGCGAACCAGUCCCAAUGGACUGACGUAUGUAUCCGAUCUGAAAUUCGAUCGAUUGGAACACAAAAUGGAUCAUUUGGCCUGCUUUUCAGGCGGACUUUUUGCGCUGGGCGCCGCAACGCGUCAGAACGAGCACACGGAUAAGUACAUGGAGGUGGGCAAAGGCAUUACGAACACCUGCCACGAGAGCUAUGUGCGCACACCGACUCAACUGGGACCCGAAGCAUUCCGUUUCAGUGAUGCGGCGGAGGCGCGUGCUCUGCGCUCCCAGGAGAAGUAUUACAUACUGCGGCCAGAGACAUUCGAGAGCUACUUUGUACUGUGGCGUCUGACGCACGAUCAAAAGUAUCGCGAUUGGGGCUGGGAGGCGGUCCAGGCUCUGGAGAAGCAUUGCCGCACAGCGCAUGGUUAUUGCGGGCUGCGCAAUGUGUAUCAGCAGGAGCCGCAAAAGGAUGAUGUUCAGCAGAGUUUCUUCCUGGCCGAGACACUCAAGUAUCUUUACUUGCUGUUCUCGGACGAUUCCGUACUGCCGCUGGACGAAUGGGUGUUCAACACUGAGGCGCAUCCGCUGCCCAUCAAGGGUGCCAAUAUUUACUAUAGACAGGCGCCAGUUCCGCUGCCUGCAUCGAAUGCUUCAUAAGCAACAUCAGCAACAACAACAACAACAACAGCAGCAGCAGCAAACAUCAAGAAUGUCAUUUUAAUAUUUAAUUUUCCGUUUUUUUUUUCUUUUUGUAUGUAUUUUAGUUUUUUUUUUUAGUUAGUGCUUCUUUUUAAAAACGGUAUAUAUAUAUAUAUUUUGUAAUUAAUUAUGGACGAUAAUUUUGCAAUAAGGCAAUAAGUAUGUAAUCUUGAUCUUAAAAGUUCGCGAGCGACGACGACGAAAACAACUUUCUGUGUAACAUAUUUAAAAAUGCGAAACUUAAUUAACGUUAGCACUCUCUUCCCCUUAAGUAGUCGAAACAUUUUUACUUACUUAACGCAAGAACACAACCUGCUCCUAGCCCCUGGCCCCUAGCUAUUAUGGUACACAUAACGUAGUUGGUAUGUUAUCUAGGCACAAGUUGAAUCCCAAAAGAAACUCUUCGUUUUGGGUUACAUUUUAUAGAUACUUUGACAAUUUUGGCAUUUGACAAUUUUGAAAUGCAGAAGCAGCAAUUAAUAUGGUAAUAGACCACACACACACACACACAUACACAUGCAUAGAUAAUUUGUAUAAGUAAACUCAGGUGUUCGAAUAAUGAUUUAACUAUUUCCAUUUUCCCCAUUUCUAUUUCUAUUUCGGUUUCUCAUUCACUUUUUCACAAUAUUCACAAACAAUUUCAAUCUCACUUUUUGUAAUAUUCUUCUCUAAUCUCAAAUCUUUAUCUCAAGAAAACUCCAAUCUAUUAACUAGCAACUUUUUUGAUAUGAGAAUAAUAUAUAUAUAUGGGAAACAACUUGCAACAUUCAGUGUCACACACACACAUACACAUGCACUCUGGGUUUGACGAAUUUCGAGAAAUCUUUGUUUUGUAAAUAUUUCCCCCAGCGGCAAAAUGAAGGCAUCUGUCAGAGAGAGAAAGAAAGAGAGAAAGAGAGAGAAGGUUUAUAAAUCAAAUCAAAUAAUUAUCAUGUUAUAAUUGUUUAUGUGGUAUAAUUAUUUAUAACAGUAUAUAUAUUUAUAUAUACUUGAAUAUACAUAUAUAUA